ACUAGCCCGAGCAGUUCGCGCGCUUUUCACGACCAUCUUCUUUAAACUGCGGGAAAAAACCCUUGUGACAGUCGCAGUCGGGAGAAAAGUGAAAUAAUUAAAAAGCGCAUAAUCCAAGCAUCGCCACGCCAUGGACAGUGACUUUGGCGCGGAGGCGGGGCAGGCCUACCGGACGGUGCAGUUGUCCGCGAAAGAAGUAAUCGCCGCUGGCCGCCGUCAGCAUUAUUGCAACAUGAUCGACCUGCUGGCCAGCAGCUGCAAGAGUUCCGGCUUGAUUUCCACCGCCUUUACAGACGACGAACUGGUGGAGUUCUGGCUGGGCGACAUCCUGCCCCUGAUGUUCGAUGCCGAUCGGAAGAUCCAGGACUGCGCCGUGGCCGCUCUGGCGGAGGCACUGGUGGCCCUCGACGUCUCCGCGAUCCACUCGGCCAGGUGCUGGCCGCAGAUCCGCAGCGAGUUCGUCAACAAGUACACCACACUCAUUGGCGAAAUGCGCGAUGCCAAGAACUCGAAUUGGCACAAGAUCUGGACCUUGCUGGUGCAGAUCAUGGACGAGGAUCUGCUCAGGGGCUGUGUGUACAUCAACAAGUUCCUGGCUUUGGUGGAACUGGGCUUCCGGAACCCGGACAAUGGCGUGCGAUCCGAGGCCUUCCUCUGCUGGCGUGUACUCAUCAAGAUCUUCGCCGCCUAUGAUGAACUGGCCUCGGUAAAGAGGCUCCGCCUGCUGCUGAUCCCCCUGCGCACCUCCCAGUCGCGAUCCUCGCACGUCAGUGGCAUCAAGCUGCGCGUUUGGUGGUACCUGCUCACCUGCCUGGACCAGGAGGUCACCAAAUCCUUCGACAGCGCCGUGGAGCACUUCCUGGCCUUCAUGUUUGGCGGAGGUCCGCGUAAUCUGCCCACGGGAUUAGCACACAAUUAUCAAACGGCCCGCGAGUUGGCUCUGCCCUGCCUGGUGUCCCUGUGGGCCGUGGAGCCCAGUGAUCCACUGCAGCGUCUGCUGAGGGAACUGCGCCUGGAGACCUUUGGCCAACCGUCGCCGCUUAUGAGCGCCGAGGUGCUGCAGCAGCACUGGAAGCCACUGCUGGCCGCCGCCGUGGCGGGAAUGAAGCUGCUCACCGAGAACGACGCUAGCGAGGCGGAACAGCUCUUGCUGCAGCUGCUCGUAAGGAAUCUCUGCCUGGCCAUGUUUCGCCUGGCAGUGGCUCCCUUUAAUGUCGCCUGCUGCGGUGAGAUUGAGAAGAUCCUGCAGAGCUCCGGUGGUCGCGUAGUUCGAGCUCUCUUCAAUACGAUAGCUGGUGAGAAUAUGAUGAUGGAGCGCGUGGCUGGAAGCGAUCAACUGGAUGUGCUGGAGGCCUACCUAAAGCUGAUCUUAAAGUCCAGAACAGAAGUCCCGGCUGCUAUACUGCAGCGUAGCAUCGCAUGCAUCUUCAAUGCCGACCGUCUUGAGGCGGACAAUCAGAAUGAAUUCCGGAUGCUGGGCUCCUUCGCCGAGCUGCUGAUGCAGGCCAACGACGAGGAGGACUUUGAGGGAUUCGCCGUCAAGCUGCAGGUGUGGCGGCAGGUGUCGCAGGCCCUGUCCAACUAUCUGCGCAACAAUGCGCUGGAAUACCGCGUGGCUCACAAUGCCUCGCUUCUGGACACGUGGCUUUUGUGGCCCCUGCAAACGUUAACUGCUUUUGCUGGUCGCCGUGCUAGCAACUCCUUCGACGGAUCCUUUUGCGAGCAGUGGCGGCAGUUGCUCAAUGCGGGUCAGAAUGCCCCGGAAAGGAAGAAGUUCCUGACGGAUCUGAAGGCUGCACUGGCGGAUCUCUUCAAAAACAAAGAGGAACCCCUUUUCCCAGAGCUCUUUGAUGCCUAUGUGGCCUCCGUUUUGAAGCUGGGACUCUGCAAGGAGGCGCCCUUGUACAAGGACGUCUUUGGCCUGCUGCAGACCAUCUUCGAGCAGCCAUCCUCCCAGCAGAUGCUCGAGGCCUGCUUGAACACCCUGCGCACCCUGAUACUCGAGCUGCGUCAAAACGAACUAAUGGUGGUGUUUGAUGCCCUGAAACCCACCUUAUCCUCCGGCAUACAGUGCUGGAGCAAGUUGAAGUGCGAGGGAAGCUUCCUGGAGGAGUGGAAGCGGGCCAUUCAAGAGAAGUUCCGCAAGUUGCCCAUGAAGAGCAUGGCGAAUCAGCUGAGGGACCUCUUCAAGGGCGACGACCUCUUCGUGAUCAUCCCCUCGGUGUGGAGCCUGAACCCCGAGAAGCUGACGGAUCGUCAGAAAGAGCGCUUUGCCGAGAAGUCCGAUAUUCCGGCUCUGUACAAUGACAUGUCGCAGUCGCAGGACUCCGCUUCCAUCAAGCCCUGGACGCCCAAGAAGGUGGUUAUUUCAAGGAGCAAACAGGGCGAGCUGGCUUUAACCGGCAAGGAUGAUAACGAAGAAGUUAUUGAUAUCACUCCAAGCGAGGAGCCGGAGAAGGAACCAGCCGAAGUAUCCACUCCAAUUCGCAAGGGUCCCGGCCGCAAAACAAAGGCUCAGAAAGAAGAGGAGGCCGCAGCCAAGGUGGCUACUCCAGCGGAGGAACCUCCAAAGCGACAGACGCGAACGCGGGCGGCCCAAAAGGACACGGAACCCGCGCCAACGCCUGAACGCCAGCUCAGAUCGCCCAGAAAAUUGCCACCGCCUCCCGUUCCCACUCAAUCCACAGCAGCUGUCGGCAAGCAGACAAAGGUUGCAAAACCCACCCCCGUUGUGGUAAUUCAACAGAGCGAGGAUCUGUUCCCCGAAUCCGCCUCUGAACCUGAGCCUCAACCAGAACCGGUUAAGAAACCCGAAACUCCUACCGAAACACAGCUGACGCCACCAGAUGCGUCUGUGGAAGCCGUGCUCUCCACCCAACUGCUUGGGAGCAGCGGAGAUAUUGCUCCUGCGGCGGCCGCUGUGGCUGCUGCAGAGACUUCGCCCAAGAAGCCGAGCACGCGAAUAUGCAAUUUGAACUCCCCACCGGAUCGCAAGCAGACCAACAAUUCCUCGAGCCCCACCUUGCGGCCCAAACCCACGGGCCAUCUAACCGGACGCGGUGCCCAGUUGAUCAACAUGAUUAGAAACAAAAAGCUAGACACCGCAGCCGUUUCGCCAUAUGCUUCCAUGUCCACGUCGCGUCUGGUCCACCAAGUGACCCCAGCCCGUGUCCUCGAACGAGCCGAGCAGGUUUCAACGCCCACCAGCGAGCUGAACGAGUUGACUGGGACAGAUCACGCUUCCACGCCGAUUCAGGCACCUCCGCCCAAGGAUCUGCUGACAUUCUCCAAGCGACUGCCCUCGCCAUCGGCCAGUCCCUCGGUGAGCAUCCUUAAGCGCAAGCUGCGAUGCGAGAGCCUCGAUGAUGUCACCCUGGACUCGCCGGCGCUGAAGCGAAAGCGGGUCAGCUUCCAUGACCCACCGGUGUCCGUGACCAAGGAGUACCUGCGCGAUUCCGAGGAGACGCGCAGCAGUUUGAAGCCCAAGCGUUGCCUGCUCAUGGACAAGGUGGCCCAGACCAGCGAGAUGCGACAGGCGCUGAGGAGACGCGGUCGCUUGGACAGCAUUAUUGAGAUCGAACGAUUCGCUAGCGAGCAGACGGCCAGAACAGCGACGACGGACAAGACGCUUGACAAGUCCGCGGGAGAAGCUCCCGAGGAGGAUGCCUUUACCAGCUUGAAGUGGAACGAUACAGGCAAUGCCCACAACAUUAGCCUCACCGAUGAGCCCGUCAAGGUAAUGGAGGUGGACCCAGAGCCAGUUGGCCAGGAUCUAGCCAUCUUGGAUCCCGAGGCCGCUCUUGACUUGGUAGUGGAGCAGUUGCCAUUGGAGUCGGUCCUUCAGCGUUACUUUGACAAGAGCCAACUGAAGAGCGCCGGCACUUUGGCCAAGUUCCUGUCCACUCAAAUGAGUGCCAACGAGAAACUGAAGACAAACGUUCUGGAAACUCUUUCCGAGAAUCACUCCAAGGACUUUCUGGACCACGCGGUGCGCGAGAACCUGUCGUCGGUAGUGUGCGACCGCUUGAAUCCCAACUCCGUGCUGGAGUACGUCUGUGCCAAGUCGAAGAUCAGCAACAGUUGCCGCAGCGGGCUGCUAGCCCAGGUGCCGGAAAUCCUCAAGAGCGGCCCGCGUUCCGAUGCCGAGCGCCUGGCCUUCGUGCAGCAGCUGCUGCUGCAGUGCAGCCCCGGCGACGGCCAGCUCCUCGAUCUCAUUGACUUCCUGAUGCGCACGCGCAACGAGCGGGACAGCAGCACAUCCACACACAUCCCCAAAGGCGUUGCCUCCGCCGUUGGAAGCCCUGACAACGUGGCCGAGACCGCGGCGGACUCCUCAUCCAAUUUGUAAGUUGGAUUACGAUGGAAAUUAUUAAUGGAAUAUUGC